AUGUCAUUCUCGUCGUUUCCCAUUAUCGAUCUUAAAGCAGACCGAUCGACAAUUGUUCAAUCUCUCUUGAAUGCCUGCUCAACGACAGGUUUUUUCUAUCUUCGAAAUCACAAUCUUCACGGUGCCCAAGAACGCAUGUUCUCUCUUGCUGAAGCAUAUUUUCGUUUGCCUCUCGCUAUCAAAGAGCAACAUUUAAUAACACCUGAAGAUCGGGGUUACAUUCGAGUUGGCCAAGAAAAUCUCGAUUCGGCCAACAUUAAACAAAUCGAUGAAAAGGAAGCAUUCAAUAUUUAUACGUCGGACAAAUCGGACCAACUACCAGUUCUCUUUGCUCAACCGAAUAAUUACAAAUUAAUUUCAGACUUUCAACGAGCCUGCUAUGAUUUGUGUAUGGAACUGUUGAUGUAUCUUGCCGACAGUUUUGAGAUUGAUCGAGAUUAUUUUACCUCAAGACACAAGUGGGGACCUGACUCGGCCGACAAACUUCGGCUUCUUCACUAUCCUGCCACGCAGAAAAAGAUUGCCAACGCCGAACACCAAUCGAUUCGAGCUGGCGCCCAUUCGGACUAUGGAUCGAUUACGCUUCUCUUUCAACACAAUCAGAAAGGUGGCCUCGAAGUACUCGAUCGUUUGACGAACAUCUGGCAUCCCAUUGAGCCUUAUGAAGAUAUGAUCGUUGUUAAUUUUGGCGAUAUCUUCGAAUAUUGGUCAAAUGGGUUCAUCAAAAGCGCGGUUCAUCGUGUCGUUAUGCCUGUUGAGCAUUUGACCGGCAGCAAUGAGCGUUUUUCCAUCGCUUAUUUUGGUUUUCCCAAUCAUACAACAUUGCUGAGUCCCAUUCUGUCAAAAGUUAUUGCUGAUCGUGCGUUCGAAAAAGAUGAACAUGCCAAACACGUACUCGUUCAUAACAAUGAACGAAUAAUCACCGCCGGCGAACAUCUUCGUAUGCGACUGAACAAGACCUAUAAAUAUUGA